CAAAAUCUUUAGCCGAGCUUGAUGCUUGUCCAGCUGUGAGGAAAUGUAAUUUCCUUCGCUAGCUAGAGUUUCUUUAAGAUCAGAACUUUCCCAAAAACGCGAAUAAAUCAUCUGAAAGUUGGUGAACGUUAAACCUGUUCGUUCAAGAUGAUGGAAUUGAACCUGACGCGUUUGGAUUACUUACAGGUGCAGACGAUGUUUAUGGCUUCCUUGGAUACCGAACUUUGCACUUGGUUUUAGAUAUUAAUUUAUCGGAACUGAAAUGAACGAACUUUUCUUUCCAGGUCGGUGUCACGUCUCCUAAGACGAUGAAACUGUUAUCUAGUGGCGGAAAACGGAGCGCUCAGAAGGUUAAACAUACUUUGAAUCAUCAGUGCAGUUGGUCGUUCACGUUACUAAGUUCGAAAUAAUUUCAUUGAUUUCCAAAGAAAACAAAUAUAUCUGUAUUUUGAAUUGGUGUUGUAUGUUUUGCAUGGAGAAAACUAAGUUUUUCUGUUUGGCCUGCGAGCUGGCGAUUUAAAGUGAGUUUUCGAUCUCGGGAAACGAAAGAUCAUACACACUCUCGACGUUCCUUUUCUUCCCUACUUAAUACAGCAUUUUCCUGUUCUAACUGACUUCCAGAUUGCAAUAGCUGAUCAUGAUGGAGUACUUACUUGUUUUGGGAUGAAAAAACAAACUUCUCAGGUUAGUUGUGUGGCACAGACAGUACUCAAAUUUAAAAUAAGGAACUACAGGAACAAUUAAAUCGAUCACAGUAAUUGUUCCUUUGUUAGAAAGCUGGGUGCAUCGAUAUGGCGUGAUUGGUUUGGAGAGGGAUAAGAAGACUUGGUUGAAAUUUCAUACCUUUUGUACUUAAUUUGAUUCCCACUUACUGUAAUACAGGUGGUUUUCAAAACACUUCCAGGAUCACCAAUCUCUAAGUUGCAACUUGGUGGCUUGGAUGGUCCUUCGCAGGAGAAGGUGUUUGUGGCAUCUGGGGCUGAAGUGCGUGGCUAUACUAAGAAAGGAAAGCAGUUCUUAGGAUUUGACACCAAUCUGACCGAAAGUAUUCAGUCCAUGUAGGUCCAAUGUUUAUCUUUCACUUUUGGAAUAAUAAAAUAUGUAAUGUUUUUUAAAAAAUUUUUUUAUGUUGAAUAAAUUAUUAUUAAUAGAAGCAUGUUGUCUUUUUAUUUUUGGCAGGUAUGUUAAUGGUGCUGAUCUUUUCCUUUGUGGAAACUACAUUUACAAUCAUUACCGUGACUGCAAAGAUGAAAACUAUUUCUUGUCUGGAGAUAAGAUUACUGAUGUCCUUUGUUUACCAACAAGAAAGUGAGAGAAAUUUUCUGAUGUUUAAAAUGAAAAUCACAUAAUUUCUUACACCUUGGUUAACUGUAAUUGUGGUAUUUUGUUCAAAAAUUUUGUAUAAAAACAAUUUUAGUAGGGGUAGGAUGCAAAUAUCUUCUCAUGCCCUUUCCCAAUACUUCUUGACACAGUUUACCAGAAAUAAUUGUUAUCCAGCAGCCCAGGUAACUCAACAUAUUUUUGCUGAGGCUUAUCUGCUGGAGUGACACCUCUCAUUUAGAAAUUCUAUUUUGGAUAAUUUUAGAAACACAGAUGUGUUAGUCCCUAUUCUGGCCUGUGAAGACAGAGUCUUAAGGGUUUUACAGGUUAGUAAUAUUAAAAAUUUUCAAUUGGUAGACAGACUGAAAUAUUGCUGUAGCCACUGCAUAAGACUGAUGUUUCCUAAUAAUGAAUAAUCUUACUACAAGAUGUAACUCAAUGUUGAAGUAAAUAUUAUAAUUUUUUUUUUACAAGGAUUCUGAUUUGCUGUAUGAAGUUGAAGUAGCUGGACCACCCAUGGUGCUUGCUCUGCAUGGUGGGAAUGGAGGUUGGUAGUAAACAUGGAAUACAAGUAAUUUUUAACAAGCCUUGAAAAGUAUCUACCCAGGUGAUUUUCGGAAUGGUCCUAGCACUGAUAGGAAUAACGCAAUGGAGCCCUUAAAAAAGGUUUACACUUUGUCUAGUCUUACACACACAUUAACCCUUUGACCCUUAAGAUUGACCAGCUUCUAAUUUCUCCCUACAAUAAUACCCCUGAAUCCCACAUUAAGGUCACAAGAAUAAGGGAAAUGAUCUGCACUAAGGAAAUUCUUGAUUGUUAAAUAAAUUCUCCUUGUUAGCACCCUUGGAGUUGUAUAGAGAAUAUUCAUUAUGAUAUUAAAGUGUAAAGGGUUAAUUAGAUGAUAUGUAAUGAGGUUUUGCCUCUGGUGCAUGUUUAUACUAGAGAACUAUAUGCACUACAGUGUUUACUGCUUUUAUUGUUUAUGUGUGUCAACAUUUCAUGCUUUGCAUCAGAUGAUUACCACAGUAUGAUGACUUACUAUAAUUGUAAUAGUUACUCUGACUCAUACUUAAUUUUAGCCUUAUCUUAAGGUUUGUCUGGAGAAGAAGUUUUGUAUGGAACAUCAGAUGGAAAAGUGGGCAUGAUUCAGUUAGGAAGGUAUAUGGAAUAUUGACUUAAAGUAUUUGAAUUGACAUAGAAACAAGCUGAACACUUUCACAAUUUUGUGCUCUCACCCAAACAUUGGAAUUGUCUGUUCAGACAUAUUCCAUAUGUUCAUGGUUUUCUGAGUUUAGUUAAAUGUUACUAAUCUUCAUCAAGGAUACAAAUUCACCCAUAACCAACUAGAGGAAGAGUCCUCUUGACUGAUAAAAUCACAACUUUUUAACAAACUAAAGUCAUUCACAUGAUAACUUUGAAAUAUUUAUUUCCAGGCAUUCACCAAAUCACAAGUGGGAAAUUCCAAAUGAAAAGCGGAAUGGAGGUGAGUGAGUUGAUUUUAAUUAUUUGUUGACAGAGAAAGACCCUAAAAGAAGGCUUUUUAUAGAACUAAGAUGCUGCAAGAUCCUGGGAAAUUUUUUUUAUUUAAUAAUGGAUCGGAAUUGAUUGUCAAAGCUGCAUUUAAUGUUGUUCCUGCCCGCCAGCUGGCAUGCAUUCGUAUGUUGCAAGUUUCGGGAAAUGAAACAACUUCAGGAGUUGAGUUAAGAUUUAAUGUGUUCUCUUUUUCUACAUUUUUUCAGGUGUCUUGGCACUGGAAACUUUUGACAUAACAGCUGAUGGUGUGCCUGAUGUUCUUAUUGGGCGGGAUGAUGGUUUGGUUGAAGUGUAUGGUUUUGAUGAGAUGGAUGAGCCAGUUCACAGAUUUAAACAGGUUAACCUUUUGCAUCUUAUCUUCAGUAUGCACGUAUGCUGGUAUAUUUGAAUCUCUAUAUUUCCUAACACACUGACAGGAAGAAUUUGUUUAACGGUCAAGAGCUUCUUUAGUUAGUGAACAUUUCUUUUAUUCUUGUGACCUUAAUGAAUGAUUAGAGUUUGAUAUAGUGAGGAGAAAUGAGAUGUUUGUCACGAAUAAUUAUUGAUGUAAUACAGCUGUGUAAUAAAAACACUCACACAGGUUAAUGAUUUCAUCUCCAGGCUUUAAGCGAGAGCAUCACAUCUGUAUGUGGUGGCUGUGUGAAUUCCUCAGGAUAUGAUGAGAUUAUAGCAGCUACUUAUGCUGGUUGGGUGGUAGGUUUUACUACAGAACCUCAACAGAAGGAAGUUGGACCCACUACAACAGCUGCACAGGAACCAAUCAGUGAAGAGGUACAGGCAAAAAUGGAGAAUCUUAGGUAAGAAAUACUGCAGGUCACUCAAGAUUUACUCCCUUAAUUGCAGAUCCAUCCAAGGAGCAUUAACAGUCUGAUAUUAAUUAUGUAAAAUUAAGGUAUAUGUAACUUUCCAGCAAAAAGUGAUCCAUCUGUUGAAAGCAUUUUUCACCAAUUAAAAACCACUUCUGCACAUCAAAAUUUUCACCAACACAUAUACAUUUUCAAACUUCAAGCAUUUUCUUAUUAUUGUGAGUAACAGAGAUAUCACUUUUCAGGGUAGAAAUUGACACUCUUCAACAGAAGGUGCUACAGGAACGGGAAAAAUACCAGCUAACUGCACACUCCAUGUCUGCUCUCUCCGCAAUUCCUCAGUUUGCAAUCAAUGAUAAGUUUGCACUGAACAGGGAUGAUGCCAGCUAUACAUUGAGUAUUGAAGUUCAGAUUCCCAUUGACAAUGUCUUGUUACAGGUAAGCUCCAUUUUUUUUGACAGGCAUUUUUCUUAUACCCAACUUCAUCUUGAAAAUCUGUUUGAAAACAGUAACUGCAGGAAGGUCUCACUGUCUCACUGUCUCAGUCUUAGAGUGAAUUUUUAUCACCUUGAAGUAAUUUUCCACUAAUUAUGUUGAGAUGUUUUGAGGGGAAAUGUGACAAGUGUCUGCCAUGUAGAUAAGAUGAUUGUUUUUGUUUUACAUUUAUUGCUAUUUCUCUAGAGUGACGUACCAAUUGAUCUUCUGGAUGUGGAUAAGAAUUCUGCAGUGGUCAGUUACAGUGCUUGUGAUAUUGAGGUAAAUGAUGACUUUCUUAGUAUAUACUUCUCUGACUAGUAUUAAGUUAAGACCUUGCAUGUACAUGCAGUGUGAAGAAUUCUGUAUACAGCUAUGAUAAUGAGUGUUUCAAUUUUCUUUCAGAAUGGCAACUUUCUUCUUGCAACUUACAGAUGUCAGGCAAACACUACAAGGCUGGAAUUAAAAGUUUGAAGGACUUUUCAAAUCUUUUUACCAAUGCUAACUUAAUGACACAAAUCACAUUAGCAUUGUACUACAUGAAAAGGAGACAGGACUCAGAAAUUUCUUGGUAUUUCUAACCUGAGAAAAGAAUCCAUCCAGUUGCUGAUGAGAGAUGACAUUUAACCCACAUUUUAAAUUUCACUCAGACAUUUUACAAUUAAAGCUUUCUUACCUCCAUUUCAUUUAAUUCCAGAUCAGAUCAAUUGAAGGACAGUAUGGCACUUUGCAGGCAUAUAUCACACCCAGGAUUCAGCCCAAGACCUGCCAAGUGCGACAAUACAGUAUUAAACCACUCUCGCUGCACCAGAGAACUCAUGUGUUUGACGAGUCCAAGUAAGACCUCAUAAAAGUUGGAUUCCAAUUAUUGACAAUCAUGUGAUUGUUGUUGUUUUGCAUUCAAGAUCUCAGUUCCUGAAGUUGUCCUAAGUUUUGUGGUCUGAUUAUGUUUUCAAAAGUUUCUUGAAAGGUUACAUGUAAAAGAAGUCUUUUGAUUUUCAGUUUUUAUGAAGUUUCCAGUUUAAACUUAAUUUUCCCCUUUGUGUUUCAUUCAGGCCGAUGAACUCAUUGAAGUUAAUGGGCCAUUUCAGUUUUGCGGAAGUUCAUUCCUGGGUUUGUUUCUGUCUCCCAGAAGUGCCAGACAGGUUUGUUAACUUAAGAGAGAGAUUUAUCCAUAGUAAGUAUACAUUAAACCUUUCCUUGCACAAUCAUGAUGAAAAAUCACAACACGCCAAUAGCAAAACCAGAAAUACAUUCAUUUAAGAUAACCAGAAAUUUAAAUUUUGUAGUUUUCUAUCUGUGAUAUCAACAAGUCACAACAUUGAUGUUAUCUCUGUUUUUGUUGCAGAACUCCUGCUGGAGAGCAAGUGAGCUUUCAUUUCCUGUCGACAUUUCUUGAUACACAGUUAGACUGCCAGUACAAGUACGUAUUUGCUUAACAAAUUUCUGUCAUCAAACCUACUUUACAUUAGGUUUCUGUAUGUCUCUAGUUGGUGCAAUGCUCUUAGUUUUUCAGUGUGGAGUCAGAGUCUUAUGUAUGUCUUUUAUUUCUUUGCAGAAAAGGAGAAGCCAUCUUUAAAUCUGACAAUAUCUCAACAAUAUCAAUCCUCAAAGAUGUCCUCACUAAAGAAGCUACUAAACGAAAAAUCAACCUCAAUAUUUCUUAUGGUUUGCUUAAUUUUCUUGCCCUAUUUAUUUCACUGCCUUUCUUGUUUUAGUUUAAUCAGAGUUAUACUCAAGUGGCUUGUUAUGUGAUGACCCCUCUCUGUUUCAAAAUGUCCAUAGCCUUUGAAUUAGCAGGAGUUUUACAGGUUCCAUCCUCUUUUCAGAUGCACUUCUUAGUCACACCUACUUGAAAUUUGUCAUUUCAGAUCUCAAUGAAGAUUCUGUGGUCCACACACUGAACCUUAUACAUCCAAAGUUGGAAUAUCAGCUCUUGCUGGCCAAGAAAGUCCAACUCAUUGAGGGACUAAAGGUCAGUGCGUAAAUGGCUUAUAGCUAUUGUUUCUUGCAGAAACAUAAAAUUGAUGAUGGUGGAUUUCUUUUUUUCUUAGAGUAACCUGACACUUUUGCCUUUUAGGAACUACAGAUGCAUGAAAGUGAUAUUGGAUUUUUUGCUCCAGAAUACCAAAAAAUUCUUGGUAAGACAAAUUUUUACUGAAAUGUAUUAUAAAGGGUAAUGAAGUCUCAGAAAGGCAAUUAUUGCAUUUCAAAAAUAUGCUAAGGCAUCCUCUUUAAGGAUGAAAUAGGAAUUUCUCAAUGAUAAAGAUAGGAGGUAAAUGAUAUUUUCUACACUUUUAGUAUCCUCAGUAUUCUCAGGCAUGCUUUUUUCGGAGAAAACCAUACACAUAAAUUUCUGAUAAAUUCAUAAAUAUUUUUUGUAAAGAUGAUGCAGAAAACCUCCAAGCAGAAUACAAGAAGCAGCCCUGCCACUUGGAAAGACUCUAUGGUAUCCUUCAUAGAAAUCCAUUUUACUAGGAAUUUAUUCAGUGGUUACAAUCUUACAUGGAAUCUUAAAUCUCGACAUUUCAGAUAAUUGAUUUGGAUAUAAAAGCUUUUUAAGGGUCUGGUCAAAAAGAAUUCAAGGUAAUAUGGUAAAAACUAAGGUUGCCAAAGGGUUAUCACCAAAAGUUUUGAGAGUUAAGUACACUUUACUUGAGAUGAAAAUUGUUCAACCCUCCAAAAACUAAAUGCCAUGAUCCUGUUAUGCGAAAUGGCCAAACAAUCAGCAGUAAAGAGAAAUAGUAAAACAGAAGCUCAACCAGUAAUACUUUCACAGAGCUGUAGUAAAGACAAUAAAUAUCUUUUCUUGUUUGGUAUCAUUUCUUAACAAGUUUAAGGUAUGAUUACUGAUCUCUACAUAGACAAGUUCAAGUUCAAGGUAAGAAUUGCAAUACUUAUGUAAACAAACCUUUUAUUUUGACCAUUACCUGUUGGUCAAAGGCGACUCUUCUGGUUUUCAGAGGGUUUCUGUACAAAUAAUCCAGUCAUGAACAUAUUGUGUUACAUGUUGAUUCUGCAGUUACACUAUUUUAAUCAACAAUGGAAAUAUCUCAUGUUGAUAAAUCUUGAUAAUUUAAUUCUAGGGAAUGAAUGUGAAAAGCAAGGUUCCCAUUCUUCUGGAGGUGCUGGACAAUUAUGAUCUACAAAAUCUUGUGGAAUUCUUUGAAGCAGCAUAAGCGAUCACUCUUCUUUGCUUCUAAGCUUAAAAUCCUGUAAGCGCACAUUUCAGAAAUAGGUGUACAACAGAAACAAUCAUCAACUUUCCCACAACUGACUACAUGUACUUCAAGAUUGUAACCUUAGUUCAGAAUGAACCCACUUUAAAUCUCCUAGAUGAUUUAAUGCAUCCUUGAUUGAUUGAUUUCUAUUUCCCUGAUUUGUAUGUUUGUCAAUUUUAUUUCAAGAUUUUUGUUCAUAAAGAGUGAUUGGUCAAUUCUAAUAACAUUCUACUACCAAAUAAUUCUUUUCUUGAUUGUAAUGAUAACUUAGUCCAGGUUUUGCGACAUCAGUCAUUUAGAACCAUCAUUCACCUUAGUUCUUUGAUUUAAGAAGCUAAAUCUUAAUCAUUGAACCAUAUAGCUGACUGUACACAAGACUAUUUACUUCCUACAAUUAACUGUGCA